AUGUCUCAAGCCGUGUUCACGACCGUCUUCGCCUCCAUUUUCUACGUCGCAAAGGUCGCCAUCAACGACCGCUCCGUCGCCAAUGGACUCUUCAAGGUCGUCAAGAAGCAGCUCCACGGGAAGCCCAUCCCCUUCACCUCCUCCAAGGCCAUGGACAGCAUGUUGACCAUGCUCGUGCGCUUCUUCCAGCCCAUCCUUACCGGCAAGGACCCUGCUCUCACCCUCUUCUCCGUCUUCAUGAUCGGCCAGAUGUUGGCGCUGCAGGUCAUCGUCCAGCUGGAAGGCCUGAGAGCCGGUAACCGGGGGAAGCUGAUCUCAUACACGACCUAUUGGGGUUUCGUGUGGCAGCUCUGCACCAUCGGCAUCACAUUGCCCAUAUACUUCCUCCUCUACACCUACACCUCCGCCAUCCCGCACGCCGUCGGCCCGGGAGCCUUCGCGGCCGCCAUCUCCGUCGACCCGGUCCAGGCCCGCGCCGUGCUCUGGUCCGUGACUCUCGGCGCCGCCCUGCCGACGCUGCUGGCCGCCCUGCCGCCCCCCCACGUCAUCGCCCCGCGCACGUCCGACGUCUUCCUCGCCGCCUGGCAGGUCUUCCCGCUGUGGACCGGCAUCGCGCAGCUCGCCUUCUCCCGGGCCAUCGCCUUCCUGCGCGUGGUGCCCCGGGCAUGGACCCCUGCGGCGGCGUGGGGCCGCACGAGCAGGGAGCUGAGCAGGGUCUACGCCUCCGUCCUGCCCGUCGUCGCCCUGAUCUCGUGCGGCGCGCUCGGCUACGCCUUCUGGGCCUCGGGCGGGGCCCCGGAGCCCACGGCCGCGAUGCUGAAGCGCAUGUUCGUGCCGCCGUCGCCCGUCUCCAGGGCCAAGAUGGCGUCGCUCGAGAAGGGGAUCCUGGGGCUGCUGCAGUGGGACAUGUACUGCGCGUCCCUGGCGACGUGGACCUGGGUCGCGUACAUGGCGUACCAGCGCAAGGGCGCGAGGGGCGCCGUGUCGGACCUCGGGAAGCUGGUCAUGUGGAGCCCCGUCGUCGGGCCCUGCGGCGCCGCCUUGGCCGUCGUAUGGGAGCGGGAUGUCGAGGCGCUGAAGGACGUCGGUGAGAAGGAGGUUGUAGAGGAGAAGAAGACCAAAUAG